AUGGCGGACGAAGAAAUUGUAGGCGAAGAAAUUGACGAGGAGGAACAAAUUGCUGAAGAAGAGGCCGCGGAUGUCGAAGAAGAAUCCGUCGAGGAUGAAUCUCAACUUACAGAAUACGACCCGGACGAUUUUGUGUCUGGUGCUGUGAAUAGCUUGGAUUCAACUAUACCACUUGAUCUAUUCGAGUUUGAAUAUUCGUAUGGAUACAAUUGCAAAAAAUACUUUAAUCUUUGUGCUUGUGAUGAUGCUGUUGUAUGCUGGGCCGCUGGAAGUAUCAUCACGUUCAUGGAUGUCAACACAAAACAGCUAUGGUUUCGUCGGAGUACCACAGGGGGGUCUGUUGGAGCCGUUACGUCUUACAGAAAAGAUCCAAAUUAUCGUAUAGUUAUUGCUGAAGGAAGAGAAGGGGAACGUGAUCCUAUAAUACUGCUUUACACUUGGCCCCAAAUGGAUAUAGAUGCUGUUCUUAGAGAUGGCACCACUAACGCUUACUCUGUUCUUGACUUUAGUCCAGAUGGCGAAAUGUUAGCUUCUGUAGGAAAGGAGCCUGACUACAAUUUGACUAUUUGGAAUUGGAAACGCCACACAAUACUCUUACGUACAAGUGCGUUUACAUUUGAUGUCAAUACAGUAAUGUUCUCGCCGUACUGUCCUGGUCAACUUACUACAGCAGGAGCUGCUCAUAUAAAAAUGUGGAAAAUGGCACAAACAUUUACAGGUCUUAAGCUAAAAGGAGAACUUGGAAGGUUUGGUAAAACAGAGAUAUGUGAUGUCUUAGGUGUAUACCCAAUGCCAGAUGAAAAAGUCCUAUCCGGUUGUGAAUGGGGAAAUGUUCUAGUGUGGGAAGCUGGUCUUGUUAAAUUAGAAGUAACUCAACGUGGAAGGAAGACUUGUCAUAAUGCUCCAAUUAUUCAAUUCAUGCUAAGUCCAGCUGGCGAUGAAGUUACCACGAUUGGUCGCGAUGGUUACAUACGUGCUUGGUAUUGGGAUACAGUAGAACAAGCAGAUCCUCCAGAGGAAGAUCCCUACGUGGAACUUAACCCCGUUGCUGAAACUUUCGUACCCGGCUGUCAAAUUAUGAGUUUAAAACAUCAGAAGGAUAUGCAUUGGUAUGCUCAGGAUGGAAAUGGUGGAAUUUGGACUGUCGAACUAGACAUAGAUAAAUUAGAAUGCGAUCAUCGUAAAACUAUGACAUUUCACGCGGGGAGCGUGGUAGCAAUGGCAGCACUACGCACACAUCCUAUUUUAAUCACAGCAGGAGAAGACGGAGCCUUACAUGCUUAUAAUUCUGAAACACAUAUACUAUUGGCAAGAUACCAAUUCCAAGCUGCUGUUACAUGCAUGAUGUAUCCUCCAGUUGAUGUUGACACUACGUCUCGUGUAAUAUUAGUAGGCUUUGCAGAUGGUAUCAUGAGAACGCUACUAGUACACCCAGAAAGAUUGCAUGGUAAAACAUCAUUAAUAGAAGUUCGUGUACAUUCUGCACUUACUGUUCACAGCGAUGAUUCCAUAAACGCAGAUGUCAUGGAUUUGAUAUCGUUACUGAAACCACAUUCGAAAGCGAUUACUCAGAUAACAAUAAAUGAGCAUCGUACACUAUUAGUUACUUGCGGAGAAGACAGUACGAUAUUUAUGUAUCACUUACAAUUGGGAACACCGUUUAGUUUAGAAAGAUUGGGCUUUAUACCGACACAAAACAAUGUAGCUUAUAUGACUUGGAAACCAAAUGAAGAGCGAGUACUACUUUUGUGUGGGCAAAUGGGCGUAAUUUGGGAAGCAGUGUUACCUAAUAUUCCCGUCCGAAAAUAUUCUGAAAUCACCUCUUUCAAACAACAAUUCGAUUCUUUCGAAGAAAUUAUCGUCAAAAAAUACUAUAUGCGCAACAGACCAUUUCCGACUGAAGAAGAUCUUGCAAGUAUUGAUGAAGAAGCUUUAAAAGCUCAAGGAGAAGCCGAGAAAGAAAAAGAUGACGAAGAAGAUGUGUGGGUUGGAGAAAUACAGCUAGAGGAAGCUGAAAAUACCCCUGGAACUACUAUAACAUGGGCAGAAUACUGUGAAGAAGGCAUUUGGGUAAUUCAGCAGGGUACAGGAGCAUUGCUUUUAGUUAAACCAAAGCAUACUAAGAUUCUCAAAUACGGACCUUUUCCUGGAGCAUGGCAGGAAGAUAUUACGACCAUGAAAUUUGUAAAUGAAGGGCGCUAUAUAGUUGCGGGAACAAACACUGGUUAUAUCCGAGUACUCCGAAUGCCAACUGAAGACGAAGAUUCUCCUGAACACCAUUAUAUGACGUGGAUGAUGGCCCAACAAAAACUGCUCAAAAAACUCAAAGGAAGGCGCCUAGCCAAAGAAGAGAAACAACCGAUUCCUCGUAUAGAUUUUAUUGACAAUUAUUAUCUUCCAAUGCACGACCGCUAUACAGGUGCUAUAACAUGUAUAGAAUUUAGUUCUGAUGGCACGCAUCUAUAUACAAGUGGAUCUGAUGGUAAUAUAUUUUCGUAUGUUAUAAAUUUCACGGAACCGUUGCUACCAAAAUUGCCUUUACCUACUCUGGAAGAGCUGCCAAAAUUAGACAAAGUCAAAGAACCGAGUACUGUUGAUGGAGAACUAAUGUCUCACGAGCAACUUAAGCAAAAAGAAGAAUAUGAUAAAAUGAUAUCAAUAGCAAAUGCACAUAAAAAACGUGUCCGCGAUCAACUGGCAGAAUUAACUAUUGAAUAUACCAAAUUAAUCAAAGCAAACCGAACGUUACCAUACUCACAACAAAUUGACGUAACGCUUGAUCCAAGGCCACUUGUCGUGCAAGAGAAGGAGUUGGAUGACAUGAAGGCACUCACUCGUCGCAAGUUAGCUCAUCAACUAGAAGCGUCUGAUCUUGCUCUCCAUAAGAUGCAUUCGAGGAAUAUUAUUCAGCUUGAUGUAUUUCCAUUUACUUUGAAAGCAAUACGGGAUCCCGAAGUUAUGAUUAGACCUUUGCGUCAGAAGAAUCUUUCACAAGCCUUUUAUGAUCAGCUUGCAGAAGUUUAUCAAAAAAUGGCUGAAGCAUCUUUACGAGGAAGGCGAGCCGAAUCAACGACAUUAAAAGCAACUGCUAAAAGGAUGUCCUGGGGUCCACCUCGCGUUGCAUCCUUCUUACUAGGCUUGCCGCCAAAUCCACCUCAUCCUUUAAAAAAGGCUUUGCGAAACUAUUAUCAAAGGAUAAAUCGACACCACAUACAAUUUAUUGAGUGGCAAGAACAUUUAUCUCGUAAACCAGACCCAAACGCAAUGCCACCAGGCGCCGCAGAAGCACUCAAAGAAGCUGAAGAAACUAUAGGUAAUCGAGUUCUUAAAACAGAACCGGAUUACGUUGCAUCACAAGGACAUAAUACACAACUUCGCAUUUGUAUGGCCCGAAAAGAGAUCUACGAUAACAAGCGUGCUUUUAACGAGAUGGUACUGAAACUCCGAGAACGGAAAGUUUGGCUUGUAUCAAAAAUGCAAGACAUCGGAAGGCGAUUAGGAGAAAUACGUGUUGAGAUUCCACAUAAGCUAGCUAAGCCACCACCAGUUGUACCACACAUUGACGACAAUUUAGAAUUUCCCGAAAACAACCUAGAGAUAAAACCUGAAGUAAUAGUUACGCUGGGACAAAGACGGCAAACGAUGAGAAAACCUGAGGAACGUAGAAAGUCUACGUUGUAUCCACAACCGCGGGUUCGACAGUCAAGAGUUCCAUUAUUUGUCCCAAUUACUGAAUCUCGACCGUUAAUUGCUUCAUGGGAUGUGUUGAAAAUGAAGCAAGAUCAAGAAUCAUCAGCUAUCGAAGUAGAAAUACGUGAACGACGUAUUGAAAGGCACCUUUAUGAGCAAGAUAUGCUGCUAGUAGAUGCUGCAGUAUUGGUUCAAAAAUUUGACUCUCAACUUGAACAUCUUCAAAGGGAACGUAUUCGAGUACAAGAAAACAAUCAAUUGCUGGAACUACAUUUGUAUCAACUACAUCGAGAGAUGAGUGUACUAAAUCGCUUUGAAGCACACGAAGAUCGCCUGGCAGAAAGAGUUUACGCAAAACUAAUGCAGGUCCGUGGUGUUAAUGAUCAGAUCAUGGAUUGCCAACAUCGCAUAGAAGAACAUAAAGCUGAGAAGGAAAGUCUAGAUUCGGCAUGUCAAGAUUUACAAAGGCAAUUUAAAAAACUAGUGCAAGAUAAUAAGUUUGCAGAUUUCCUUCGUAGAAUAUUUAAAAAGAAGUAUCGUCCACCGCGUGACCAUGAUGAUGACGAAUCGUCUGAAUCUGAGUCAAGCUCGUCCUCCAGUGAGGAGGAUGAGGCCAGCUUGGACAGUCGGGACAUUGGACCUAUACGUCUGGACCCCAACAUUUGUCCAGAAGGCUGUGAUGUUGAUAUCUAUAAUAAGACUUACGAUCUUCGAAAUACCCGACACAAACACGAGCAAGAUAUGAUAGAACAAGAUCGACUUGUUGAGCUUUUAAAACGAGACAUCGAAGCACAUAACAAAGUUAAAAGAAAGUUCUCUGUACAACUAGAAAAACGCAAGCAAGAGUUGAGAGAAUUUAUGAUGGAGAAACAAAGCUGUAUGAAUGACGUAGAUCAGGUUGUAAUACUGCGUUACGAGCAAAUACGAGCAGCUGCAUUGCGAGGUUGUACCGGGCCUGGUGGACUCUCCAAAACCGUAGUUUUUCCGGAAAAGAUGCUUAGUAAACUACGCAACAGAGUAUUAGAGUUGCAGGAUGAAAUCAAACAACAAAAGCAACGACAGAAAACAAAUCGCACACAUCUAUUUCGGAUGAACGUAGACAUCCGUGCAAUGGAGGACCGCGCUGCGGAGCUCAGUGCACAGAUGCGUGACGUUUUAACCCGUAAGCUGGGCAAGCCGCGGCGUGUCGACCGCACUCUUGAUGAAUUGUUACGGCAACUCGCCAAACGGCACAAGUUCAAGGCCACUUUUGCGUCUGUGCCGCAACUUCUGUCACAAGUUACUACGUGGAGGGAACGUUACAGUAAGCUGGAACAAAAGUAUCUCACAGUUAUAAACCGUUACUCUGAUCGUCUUCGAUUGGCGGCCGCUCUGCAAGCCGAUAUAUAUCCACAAAAGUCACCAAAAGAUCCAUCUAUAAUGGCGGGAGGCUACGAGCCGAAGCAAUACCAACGUGACGUGGUGAGACUACGUAUCAUACGUUCCCAACAACAACAACAAAUUAAGGCACUUGAAGAAGAAAUCCAAAGUUUGCGUCACAAACCGUUCGCACACAUUGCUUCUCCGCCGGCGUGGUCUCCGCCAGAGUCCGACCGCUCGCAAAUAUACCUCCACAUGGUUCGAACGUCGCCGAGAGCGCGCCGACACAAGUACUUUCCUAUAACACCUCUGGGAUCACACGUGAAGUUAGUGUACGAAGUGAAUUUAAUGAAGCUUCUUUACGAUUGUUUGGACAUGAUGAGAGUGUCGAGGGACGAAGCCGAUGUACUUUUGCAGGAUCUCACCAACGAGUUACCAAAAAUUUUAUCUGGUGAAAAAACCCGCUUCGAAGUCAUAGAUGAGUUGGUCCGAAAAUGGUUGCUCAAAUACGGUGGUGAUCCUCGCCUUUACAAGAAACAAACGCGUGCAUUCGAUGCUCUUGCAACUUUAGCCGAUCGGCUCAUUCAGCAACACGUUCAAGAAAUGGAAGGACUGGAUGCAAAAGAACAUGAAGUAAUGCAAUCGAUCGAGACAGCUUUGAAGGAUGUAGCUGGUAUGCAGUCUUUACGAGAACGACUCGGUCCAGCCCUCGCCACUUUAUUGCAUACUACGCAAUCCGCUGAAUUGGAAGGCGAAGAAACUAUAACAAUGGCGAUGACUUCCUUAGUGCAGUCCCUUAUCAAUGAAGAACAUCCUCUUACAGCACAUUCUAUUGAUGCAAUUGAAGUUUUUGAUGUUGUUGAGGAUCUUAAAGAUUGUGGAAUAAAUGCGCCAGUUGACGAGUUGGAGAACGUAGUGAAGCUAGCAAUAGACUGCCUUCGAGCGCAGAUAGUUAGCCCUGAAGAGGAACGGCGUCUUGAAAAGGACGUGCAAGAAGCUCUGCAAGUGACUUCGCUAGCUUCAAAGAUGUCAUCGAAAUCGGAUUUAAGAGACAAGACUAGUAAAGGACAAGAAAAAAAAUAGUACAUUAAUUUAAAUUCAAUGUUUCAAAUUCAAAACCUAUUUAAAUAAUAUAGGUACCGAGUACAUGCUAAAGAAGAAUGUCCAAGUGACUAAGGAGAUAUGUGACAGAAUGAAAUAAAACUUAAUUUCAACAAAGCAGAACUAGUAGGCUCCUACCUUUGAUUGGGCAGAGAGAAGAGGGGACUCCCCAUUAAGCCUAAGCCCGUUUUAAGCCUAAGCCAGUUUCAGAAGUCUCGGGAUCUGCUUGAAGUUUUUCCCUCUGCCCAGUACCUACUCGGCAGCCGU